GAAAAGAAGGCGUAACAGGCAACCGUGUUUCGCUUGUGCCAGCAAGAGGACGAGGUGUACGCCGGUUGCUGUAGGCCUCUGCGAAAAGUGCCGCAAAAACGGUCGAAGUACCUGCCUGCCCCACGUUCCAUGGCAAGAAACUCUGAGAGCGGCGACCCAAUAUGGAAGCAUACCACAUCUUCCAUCUCAGAUCACUAGCUCAUCCAACACUGGCCCAUCAUUGCUUCAAGUUGCUCCGGGUCACCCACCUCAAACAAGUGUCAAUUGUGGACAAUACAAUUUCAGCGCGACCGCACUUCAGCAUGGGUACCCAGUCUCAAGCCCGAACACGAUGUCGGUCGACAUUCAUAGAGUCGGCUUCUAUCCGCCUGAGGUCCCACAAACGCACAUGGCAGCACAGCAAGGCAUUUAUGCAUCAGCACCGCCUAUGAACUCAAAUAUAUCCAGCCAGAGCAACGUAUAUUUACAACAGUUUUAUCCAUCACCAGGGCUCUGUACCCCACCCUCAACCUCAUCUAACAGCAACUCUAGCAAUGCCAAUUCGCUAUCACCAACCCUCUCAGGGUAUUAUUCACCCAGUGACUACGCUGCAAGUAUGAGGCCUUAUGACUAUGCACCGGGUGCAAAUAUUGGCGAACUUUCGUCUAAAUUCACUUACGGCUCGAUGUAUUGAUCGAUUUAAAAGGAAGCCUCACACUUCCUCAAGCCCUUGUGAAUUGGCUUCGUAGAAUAUAAGACGGUCUAUCGUUUUGUAUUCAAUUUUCUUCGCUUCCCCCCCUGUCAUAUAGAGGGAGCUGUCUAGCACAGCACCGCGCUUCCUCCUUAUUUUUCUGUUCCGCCUCUUUUGCUGUACAGUGGAUCUUGCGACCUAGUACUUUACCUUGAAAUCGUGGGACUAUAUUUCUUAUUCCUUUCGGAUUUCCAUGGAAGAUUAUUUGCACCAUGCACUUUGUCACUUGUUAUUGUCGUUUGCUUUCCC